UAUAAUCACCCCCUUUGUGUAACUACAAUGGCAGCAUCAUCAUUCCCUUUGUAUCAGAAGUUAUACCCACAAAAUCCCACCGCAGGAGAGCUGAAUUUAGAUGGAUUGAGCGACGACGAAAAGGAGCGAAUAUUGCAGGUUGUUCAGAAGGAGCAGGAAUUUGUGUCAAAAGAGACUGCUAACUCCAUGAAAGUCCAAAAUAUGGAAGGCCAGUUGAGCAAGUUUACAAACUUGAUGAAGGGAUGGCAGUUUCGUUGGUUUGUUCUUGACCCAGAGAAAGGAACACUCACAUAUUACUUGGACAAAGAAAAAUCACGUCAUCGUGGAACACUUUCCUUAGCGGGUGCAGUGAUUUCUCCAAGUGAAGAAGAUUCCAUGUCGUUUAUGAUCAGUGCAUCCAAUGGUGAAGUAUACAAAUUGAGAGGUACUGAUGCUAAAGAUAGACAACAUUGGAUAAAUCUGAUAAGGGCUGUAGCUGAAUAUCAUGGACAAACCAUAGUAAAACCAGUUCGUCCCCCACCGCCCAAACAAACACCUAGUUUGUUGAAGAGAAGCGCAACAGUUUCAACAACUAGUCCCAACAUUUCAAAAGCUUCACCACUACAAAAAACAAAAAGUUUUAGCCAUAAAACUAAUAGUUCUGUAAAUCACUCAACUGUGUCAGCAAUGCCACCUGUUAAUCCAAUACAAGAAGAGUUAAGGAAUAUUAAAGACGCUUUGAACAGUGUUGUGGAAUAUCAUUCAUCUUCAGUGGAAGCAUUGGAGAGUGGUCCUGAAAGCGGAGAUGUGGCUUCGCCUUUAGAGGAGCAAGUUCUGCUUCUGAAAGCAACGUCCCAAGCUACAGUAAAUAUACUUCAACAAUGCUACAGUAUUCUUCAACAACAGUCAAUUGAUUUGCAAGGUUCAGCUCAUGCAAGAGGUCUCCCAGCUGGUGCUAAAAUAGAAUGGUUUGAGCCACACAAUACAAGACUUGAUCGUAGUGAUUCUACUGAAAGUAUUGAAAGUUCUGAAUCUACAGUUGAUCUGUCAGCAUCUUUAGAAGAUUAUUUGAACGUAGCUCAGUAUGCAGAUUACGAGGAAGCUGAUCAAAUACGGGAUGCUGAUGAAAAAUUAGAAGAUAUGGAGGCACACAAGAGUGUUGUACUUCAUCUGUUGUCGCAGUUAAAGUUAGGAAUGGAUUUAACAAGAAUUGUGCUGCCGACGUUUGUGUUGGAGAAAAGAUCUUUAUUAGAAAUGUACGCAGAUUUUAUGGCACAUUCAGACUUGUUUGUAAGAAUAUCAAAUGAAAAAACUCCAGAAGAUCGAAUGUUGGCUGUAUUGGAGUUCUAUUUAACUUCUUUUCACAUUGGUAGAAAGUCGGGUGUUGCUAAGAAACCGUACAACCCAAUUCUUGGGGAACAUUUUCAUUGCUCCUUCGAUAGUCAGCCUGACGAGAGUUUGUUACAUCGAGACAGCAGCAGCAGCAGCAGCUGCGAUUCGCCUCGAUCAACCGACAGUUCUCACCGGACUUACUUUGUUGCUGAGCAAGUUUCCCACCAUCCACCAAUCUCCGCUUUCUACGCCGAAUGCCCAUCAAGCAAAAUUUCUUUGAAUGCUCAUAUAUGGACGAAGUCAAAGUUUUAUGGUAUGUCUAUUGGCGUGGUGAAUGUUGGCGAAGGUGUCAUCCACUUACCUGAGUUAAACGAAGACUAUAUCUUCACCUUUCCAAAUGCUUACUGCAGAUCGAUUCUAACUGUUCCAUGGAUAGAAUUAGGCGGGCGAACAUUUAUAAAAUGUCCACAAACAGGCUAUAACGCCACCCUUACUUUCCACACAAAGCCUUUCUAUGGUGGAAAGCCCAAUCGUGUCACGUGUGAAUUAAAGAACUCUUUACAUGAAAAUGAGGCUAGUCCUAUUAUAUGUCGUGGAGAUGGAUUUUGGGACGGAGUGAUGCAUUUGGAUUUUGAAAAUCAACCAGAUAGGAAGAAGAGUAUUGAUGUGAGUAAAUUGAAAGUCUCGCCGAAACGAGUACGACCUCUUCAAAUGCAAUCCGAACACGAAUCCCGAAAACUAUGGCAUAAUGUAACGGAAUCAUUAAAAGCUUCAAAAUUGGAAAAGGCUACAGAGGCAAAACACAAGUUGGAACAAAGACAACGCAAUGAAGCACAAGAACGCUCUACGUGUGGAACUGAAUGGAAACCCAGGCUGUUUCAAAAACAUUCUGACUCGUGGUUACUUAAUCCUAACCUGGCACUCGUUGCAAGAAGAAAAAAAUCGCGUUCCGCUUCAUCAACUUAAUAUGAUAUCACAUUUAUGUAAUAAAAACGUGGGGAUAAUUAUGUGGAGAAAACCCGGCGGCUUUUCACGUUUCGGAUACAGCUGGAUAAAGAAGAGAGAUAAUGCAUAAAAAAACAAGAUUCUAUAAGUCGAAUCUAGCACAUCGAGUCAAAGUCAGCAAGGUAUUGUUAAAAACAUGGAUAUAGAAAACUACGUCACAGCGUUACCAAAAGUAGAUUUUUAUAGAUUUAUAUUUUAUUUUUAUAUUGUAUUAAUUAUACACUAAAUAUGAAUUGCAAUCGUCUUCGCGUA